AUGGGAAAAGGAUUUUUUUUCAUUAGACUUCCGUACACAAUCACGUUGCGGCAAGUGAGAAACAAUGCAUUUUGUGAUGAAUUAUUUCCAUCUGGCAAAUAUCGUUUUGGUUGCGUAUUCAGAGACGAUAACACUGGAAUGAGAGAUGGCUUUUACACGUCAAUGAAGCCAGUUGUUGAAGUAGCUACUGAUUACGAGUUUGUAAAAAAAGUGAAAAAUUUGUUGAAAACGUGGCAUUUGAAGAAAAGCUCUUUGAUUAUUAGCACUGAUUUACUAUUUGAUUGUAGAGAAUUUCUUACUUAUCAAGUACUACCUGAGCAAAAAGUAACAGAAGAAGAAGAAUGCAUUCGGCAAGCAUUGGUUCAGGAACUUGAAACUCUUGAAUUUGAUUCUGAUAUCGAUGCUACUGAUGGCGUAUGCCUAGCAAAUCGAAGUAUACAGUUUGCGUAUUCAGCCUAUUUUCAAGAAUGUUUAGCAAAUUCUAUCUUCACAAACAACAUUGUGCUACCUUUUCCACUUGCGACGUUCAAAAAAGUGCGCAAUGCGCUUUUCUUCGGUAUUCUAUCAUUUACGAACUGUUCACAAGAAGAUAUUACAUUAUUUAUUUCGUGUGCUCAGUUUUUAAAAUCAAACUUUGGCAAAGAAAGUUCUGCAUUGGUGGCUGAUGCUGAACGAGAAGUAAUCAGACGUUUUUGUCAGUGUUGGCAGCAUGCUUCGUUAGAAGAAGUUCUCGAGUAUCUUCGCAUUUCUCUCAAAUACGCAUUGGUUAAUUUACGGAAGCUCGUUCUCAUUGUAAUCGUUGACUGUCAUUACGAGAAAUUUAAGUAAGU